AUUACAGGGCAAUGGUGUUGCAAACAGUGUAAUCAUGUCAGUUGUUGAAAGCAUGGAGGAUUUUGUUAAUGAUUUCCAUACAAGUUUAAGGGAAAAUGUUUUAAAUGUUGUGCCUGUUGACAGCACAAGUAGAAGUUCAGUUGAAGAAGUUUUUAAUGGUUUUAAUAAUCCAUUCUCUGAUUUUAAUACAGAUACAAAAUGGAGAAAAUAUUUCAGUGAGAAAUGGGGGGUUGUUGAACCUAUUGAAAUACACUUAGGUGUCAGAUACGAUUCAAGAAGAAAUAAAAUCUCUGGGAUGUAUGAACAGACAACAGUUAAUGACACUUUCAUAUAUAUCCCUCUUCUGAAGACUCUUGAGUUCAUUUUUAGGAAUGAUAAAGUGUGUAAUCUUAUCCAAGAGGAACGGCAAAGUGACAUGUAUUGCGAUUUUUGUGAUGGACAGUAUUACAAAAAACAUCCUUUGUACUCCAUCUUUGGUACUAUUUCGCAAAUUACCGGUGAUAACCUAGGUCUAAAUAGUAUUCUUGGUUAUGUUGAAUCUUUUUCUGCAAAACAUUACUGCAGACUCUGUCUCACUGACAAGGUGUUAGCACAGGAAGUAUUUAGUGAGGAUGAUCCACGGAUGAUAUUGCGUAAUAGAAAUCUAAAUGAGGAGCAUUACAAGUAUCUUGCUGACAACCCCAAUGAAAACUCAUGUUAUGGUGUUAAAAGAAAUUCUAUACUCAAUACCUUGACUUACUUUAAUGUAUCUGAGAACUUUGUGCUGGAUAUUAUGCAUGAUAUCCUGGAGGGAGUUGCACAGUAUGAAGUGAAACUGCUUUUUGAAUAUAUGAGUUGCAAUCUAAUUUCUGGUGAUUCCAUUCCUCAAAGAUUGUAUGCCUUCAACUAUGGCUUUUUAGAAAGAAAUAACCGCCCAACCAAGGUCAACCUUCAACAAGCAGGAAACAACAUUGGUCUCAAUGCAAGUCAGACAUGGUGUCUCAUUAAGAACAUCCCUCUCAUAUUUGGAGAUGUAGUCCCAGUGGGAGAUAAGCACUGGCAUUUGAUGUUGCUGCUCUUACAUAUUGUUAAUAUUAUCUUUUCUCCUUGCAUCUCUGAAGGAAUGAUAAUAUUUUUGAAGCAUCUGAUAAAAGAGCAUCAUCAGUUGUUUAAGGAUUUGUAUCCUAGGAAUCUAAUUCCAAAACACCACCUUAUGAUUCACUACCCUGAAUGCAUCAGACAAAUUGGCCCAUUGAUUCAUGUAUGGACCAUGAGGUAUGAGGCAAAACACAGGUUUUUUAAGAAAAAUCUAAAAAAUUUCAAAAACCUGACCAAAUCGCUUGCAAAAAAACACCAGCUAGCCAUUGCCUAUCACUGGGAGUCAUGUACUAUCAGGGGUAUUGAGUCUGGGCCUGUUUCAAAUGAGCUGUUGUCUGACCUUGAAAACUCAGAUUUUAUUUCAGAGCAACUCCAGAUUGAUAUCUCUAGCGAGGUAAUGGUCACACCGUGGGUAAAGUGUCAAGGUACUGAGUAUCGCAGUGGUCUUGUUGUUUUCUUAGAGUGUGUUGAUGAUGCACCUGUUUUUGGAAAGAUUGUUAAAAUUUUUAUUAAGGAUGGAAUUUAUUUUUUGGUAUCGUGUAUGGAAUCAGAGUUUAUUGAACACCUUCAUGCUUUCAGUGUUGUUGAACAAGAGCAUUGUCUUGUACUCAAAAAACCUGAGGAAUUGAUGUACUACAAGCCAUUUGAUUUACAAAUGUCCUAUGGCAAUGACCAUCUUUUUUACAUUGUCGUGGACUGUUAUUUGUAAUAAUUUCAUGGCAUUUAUGGUUUCUUGCUCUGUGCUGAAAUAAAGUUUUGAAACCUUGACAGUGA